AUGUGGAAGGGCCGCGGGCGGUGGUGGUGGUGCCGUUCACAACCUCGUUGGAGUGGUUCUAGAUAUCCAAGACAUAUCUACCCCAUUCCAUUCUCCACCAUGAAAUUAUCUGGUGGAUUAACUGUCCUCGUUGGGUCGUCUGAUGCCUUCGGGCUCAAAGAUUACCUCAACUACAAGUACCAAAACCAAGUCGCUGAUGGCGUCAAUGCCGCAAAUGGCCUUAACAUGAACACAAACGAUAUUUCUGAGCUCUUGAUCAAUGUGAACCAAUAUUCACCAAACAUGGGCUACAGCAAUAUUUUCCAGAUGUUCGCUGGUCAAUCUGGCAACAAAGAGAAUGUUUUGCAAAACAUGAAGGACAACUUUAUGAACUCCGCUUACCAAUCGAUGCAAAACUCUCAACUUUCGCCUCUGUUCUUGCAGUACGCCAAGGGUGGAAACAGCGGAAACGACCAGACCAUUGACAAGCAAAGCAUCAUCUACAACAUGAUGCCCGAUCCAAUGGCAACGAUUCUUCGCCUCAAGAAGGUCCAGCCCACCAAGGCUGACGAGCUUCUCAAGCGAAUGGUUGCCCGACAAGUCGUCACUGAUGAUCCUUACUUGCCCGACCUUCUUUUGGACGGAAAGUCAGAUGAACUCAAGGAGUACUUGUUCGCCAAGCAGCUUAAGACAGCUGAUCCCUUCAUGCAGACGAUCCUUUACAAGAAAUUCGGUAACACUGCUGAUCACGCCCCUUUUGCUGCUGGUGACCAAAAAGAACUCAUCCAGACCAAGCUGAUUUCGGAUCGAUUCGGAGACAAAAUCAACCAAAUCGCUCCCAACGAUGCUUACCUGAUGUUCAAGUUCCUCGAAACCACAACGAAGAACAAUAACAACAAUGUUCCCGGAAAAAAAUAUGUCCCAUCAGAAGUGAUUCUUGAGGUCGCUUUGGGAAAUGACGUCGCCGGAAUCAAGGCCACUGAAUUCCAGGAGAAAUUCGGUGUUGCUGCUAAUGACUUUGUCUGCGCUGCGCACGAGGAUAGCAUCCGAGUGCCUUGCAUGGUCAACCAGGAAGUCGUUCUUCCCGGCGAAUGUCAAGCGAUGGGCUGCUGCUACAAUGAGUUGUCCGCUACUACUGGUACAACUGUUGGAGCAGCUGCAAGAGUUCCAAAAUGCUACCACAACUUGAUCGGCAAGAUCGGUUCCGGCAUCGCCCAGCAUUUGAUCAAGGAUGAUACCGUCAAGACCCUCUUUGGCGGCGAGCUCCCACAGCUCCAAGAUCUCCAGGCUGCUUCCAAUUGGGCCGAGUCCCAAAUGCCCGAUGUUCUCCGACGGCUCAACAAGGAAGAAGGUUCUUACUUCGGAAAUCCUCAAGGCCAGGAAUCCUGGUGGGGCAACAACUACGGCAAUGGUAAUUUUAACAUCUUUGCUACUCCUGCUCCAUCAACUCGAAAAUUCGAAUGGAAGGCGCAUGGACCAACUGCCAUGCCAAAUGCUGGAGAUUUGGAAAUCCCCGAGAUCGGUGGUUUUGUCACCGGUCAAGGAAAUGACGUUGAACAGCUUGAUUUCAUCAUCAAUCGACACAUGGAUAGUGUCAGAGGCCAACUUAACAGUGAAUCAUACACUUGCCAGCUCAUCCAACCCGAGCACAUGGUCAACUGCUAUGAUAACAACUAUGAAGCUUUGAAAGUAGGUGAUCCUCAAGGCAGCUGCCAGCAAAAAGGAUGCUGCUACCGAGAACUUAACCUCUUCGAGAACAACCCAGUCUGCUACCGAUCACUUCGAUCCGGCCACUGUGAUGUUCCAGUAGCCCAACGUAAUGGUAACACAAUUCCUGGUACUGCUGCCAGAGCAGCUGAUGAUUACUGGACUGCGAAUCCUUACCGACAACAAUGUGGUGCACAAGGCAUCUCCCGAGGAGAAUGUCUUCUCAACCCACUUUGUUGCUUCGACACUAAUCCACGACAGGAGGGCGAGCCAUUCUGCUACCGACGUGGUGGUGCUGAGCAACUCUUCGACCAGCAAACUGGCAACAUGGCUAACCAGUGUGAACUCACUGACAUUACUCAGCGCGAAGAAUGCUUCGACGGCACUUCCAAGUUCGGCAAGCUUCUUAACCGAAUGGCUACUGAAGACCAGUGCAUCCAAGCCGGAUGCUGUUUCUCCCAAGCCGCCGCCGACGCUGCCAGCUCGAUGGGUGUCCUUGGAACGAUGAACCUCGCUGGACCUCAUUGCUUCAAACGACCCGGCCUUCAGGACAACGAUCUCUCUGUUGCCGACAACUACAACAUGCUCGAGAAGGUCGCAACAAGCGAUUUGCUCAAGGUCUGCGCUAACGAUCCCAAGUGGCCAAGACUUGCUCAGCGAAAAUGGCAACAAGAUCCAGCUACUGGACGAUAUUCUCUUUCGGAAACUGGAACCGGAAGUCGCCCACUUUCACGACAAGCCUGUACCGACAACUCGGGCGCGCUCAUCAUGGACCGACACAAGUGCAUCUACGAACAAGGCUGCUGCUUUGAGAAGUCUUCAGAUCCACUCAACCCAUGGUGCUACAAGUCCCGACUUGUCAAGAAAACCCCCCUAAACAAACUAACGUACAAAACCAUACCCAAAUACCCAUUUUAA